UUGCUUGAUUUGUUUUGUAACUUGUGCCUGUUACACCUCAUGGAACAUAGGCUACCUACCAUUAUUCUCCAACCAACCUUGUCCUUUCUAUUCCUUUUCGGUCACUAACUCCUAUUAUAUCUUUGACCUAUUCCUUCUAUCUCCAACUCAUUUUUUGAUCUAUCUCUUGUCCGAUGAACAAGGAGAAUCGAAUGAACACGUAAAGUCGAGGAUUGGGAAAUCAAGGGCCACAUCCCUACAAUUGAAUAACACAUGGAAUUCAGAACAACUGUCAACCAAUAUCAAAGUGAGAAUCUUCAGUACAAACGUCAUGACAGUUCUGCUGCACGGAACUGAAGCUUGAAGAACUACAAAAACCAUCGAAAAGGAUACUGGACUUUGCUUCAUGUAUGUUGAGGUAUUCUGCUGCAGAGGCUGCUGUUGUACUGUAUAUUUUCAACUGAACUUGUUGCUGUGUAUGAGAAAAAAGAGUCAGGAUAUGUACGAAUUCUAAAUCGUCCAGUUGCAUCAAAGGUAUUCACUGUAUACCAUGCUUCCUGUAAGAUGUGAAGGUCUUCAUAAGCCAGUCAAGCAUCAGAAAGAAGAGAAAAGGGGAGUGUAAGCAGCCUUGUCUGACACCGGUCUUCACUUGGAAUGCACCUGCGAGCUGUCCUCUAUACACCACUUUUCAGUGUAGUCCGUCGUAAGAAUUCCGUAUGACGGUGACAAUCUCAGGUACUUUAUAGUGUCGUUGAAGAUUCCACAAGGUCCUCCUGUCCAUCCUGUCAAAUGCUUUCUCAUAGUUGAGGAAGUUAACGUGCAUCGAUGAGUCCCAUUCAGUCGAUUACUCGACAGUGAUCCGUACUUGAUACCGACAAUAUCCUUGGAAUUUACCCCAUCACGUACAUCCUACAUAAACAACACCACGUUCUUCGAGACAACCAUCGAAAGAUUGCAGAUCAAAGAACGAAAACCAAGGAUAUAGUGUUAGGAUUGAACCGAUCUGAUUAUAUGCUUCAUGUACAAGGAGAUUUAUGCGAUACUAAACGGACUUCUCUUGCGAACCGGUUACAAAGUACAGUAGUAGCCGCUCAAUCUGAUAUUGAGACUCAAGAUGAAGCUUGGGAUGGUUUGUUGAUUCGACAAGUUGAAUUCAAUAUGAUUGCAUGUAGCUUUUGUGGUCUUGCUCAGCGUAUUGUUCCACAACAUCGUAUUUCCUUAUCUUUGCAUGGAAUUUCAAGCGAUUUAAAUAAUCGUGUACCUGAUUGCUUUUCUGCUGAUAGAUUUACCGAAGCUUUAUUAUCUGCUUGUCGUAUGUAUGUCGAAGAUUGCUCUAGAAGAAAUUUAAUCACGUCAAACAUAUCUAUUCUUGUAGUUGUUGGUAAGAAUGAAAAAAAUAUUUAUGAUCAACGAGCAUUAAUUGGUUGUCUUCUACUGAAAAAUCCUAAAGUGAAUGUGUUAUAUCAUUCAUUUGAUUAUCUAAAAACUGGUCUAAAAUUGGAUGUGAAUUCCCGUUUAUUUGUAGACAAUCAAGAGGUAGCUGUUGUAUAUUUUAGAACUGGCUAUACUCCAGAUGCUUUCCCUGAUGACGAAACAUGGGAUGUGAAAUAUGAACUUGAACGGUCUUCAAGUUAUUUAAAUAUUUUAUCUACAUUCGCCCAUCAAUAUACAUUAGAUGAAGAAAUGGGAAUAUCGGAUUCCACUGAGAUUCAAUAUGUAAUUAACGAUUGUCUAUUAAGACCAGAUAAUUAUGUUUUGAAACCACAGAGAGAAGGUGGAGGGAAUAAUUAUUUUGGAGAGGAACUUGUUCAGAAAUUAAAGUCAAUUAUGAAUCAUUCUGAAAGAAAACUGUAUGUACUUAUGGAGCGUAUACAACCAUAUAUUUUCGAAAAUUCUAUAUUGAAUUCAACUUCAGCUUCUGGAGAAUUAAAUGUCAAGAAAAUGGUUACUGAAUUGGGUAUUUUUGGUGCAAUUCUUGCGUGUAAAGAUGAAAUCUUUCUGAAUGAGUUUUCUGGUCACCUUCUUCGAUCAAAACCACUGGAAUCUAAUGAAGGUGGAAUAGUAGCAGGUUAUGGUUGCCUUGACUCUCCAUUCCUCGUUUAG